AUGGAUAAGCCAGACACGAUCCCCGAAGACGUGUGGGAUACGAAGAAAACCGCACUGUACACCAACGUGGAUAAGAUCAAGGUACUCGACACUUCCGCUACCCACUACACCCCCGUCACACUGAUCAACAUACCAGCGGACGAUGGCGACGACGGCAACUCUGCGACAGAACAGGAUGGCACAGGCAAAAGUCCCAAUAAACGCAUCGCUGGAUCAGCAGACGGCACAGACCAUCACCCAGAACUCCACAGCGCUGAAAACCUGGAUAUCGCCCACCUGUUCAAGGACUUCGAUCCCGCGCUUAUGGCAGCCUGCGACAGUAUUGACAAUGCUUCCCCCAGAGCAUGGCCGCUGAGCAAAUACACAAAGAAGCUCGACACACCGGAGGCCCGCGAGACCCUACACACCUACAGCGACGGCCUAGAGGCACGCAGCGAGUACGAGGAACACAUAAGGUCAAGCGAGAGCAAAAUCGCGGCCCUAGACAACGUACUCACCAGACAUAUACUCACAGGCUUGCUCGAAGGCACCCACGUACAUGAACCGCAGGAUGAGGGCGUCAAUGUAGACCGGCAGGACACCGAUAAGGGGAAGCAACCGGUGACGAACUAG